AUAACAUUUUCACACUUGCGUCCAAUUUCAAAAUGGCACCCAAACGGAAACCGACAACCCCCGAAGAAGCCGCCCCCGUUGUCCGGAGGUCCGCCCGCCUCUCCAGCGCCGCCGUCGUUGCCGACCCCGAGCCACCCAAGAAGAAGCAAGCCAAACCUAAAGCCGAAACCAAAACCAAGGCUGAAGCCAAAGGCAAAGCCAAAGCCGAAACCAAAACCGAAGCCAAAGCCGAAACCAAGGGGAAGGCCUCCGAGGAAGCAGGUGGAGAGGCGGUGGAGAAAGCGAAGACUAUCGUGAUAGAGCACUGCAAACAGUGCAACCAUUUCAAGAAGAGGGCGAUUCAAGUGAAGGAGGAGCUUGAGAAGGAGGUCGCCGGAGUCAACGUGGUGGUCAACCGGGAGAAGCCGAGGAGGGGCUGCUUCGAGAUUCGCGAGGAAGGUGGAGAGGUCUUCGUGAGCUUGCUGGACAUGAAGAGGCCCUUUCCGCCGCUCAAGGCACUCGACAUGGACAAGCUCAUCUCCCACAUUCUUCACAAGAUCCGAUGAUUCUGGUUAGCUCUACUUUUUGGGAAUUUUGCUAUCUAAAUCUAAAUUCUAUUCUCUGCUUCCAAUUACUGGGAUUGGAUUGGAUGAAUUCUAAUUUGAUUAUAAUGCAGCAACUGAUUCCACAUUUCUAGCAUCCACUAAUAUUAGGACUGCUUCUUUUUACCUAAAUUGGUUGUAAUCCUUUCAUCUUUUGCACUUAAGACAAAUUAUUAUCUUUAAAUUGGAUUUGUGCUUUUCAAUC